UAAAGUGGAAGGUAGUAGUAAGGUCAGUGACAGUGAUGGCUCAUUUAACUUCUCUUCUUCUCUUGCUGUGGGUCGGUGUGACAGUGAGCACAGUGGUGAAUGUGCAGAAGAGAAUUGUUGGGGGAACAGACUGCAACAACAACGAGCGACAGUACCAUGUCAGCCUGUCAGAAACAAAUGACGGAAAACCAGGUCACUGUGGCGGAUCUUUGAUCAGUAAACAGUGGAUUCUUACUGCAGCUCACUGCCGUGAAAGGCCAAUUCGAUUUGCAGUUGUAGGUGUGCAUCCAGGCCCAGGAAAAGCAGAAGAAAUUGAAAUUGAAAAACCCCAUCCAACCACUGACCUCCUGCUUCUGAAGUUAAAGACAGCCAUUACUGGCAUUACACCUGGCAUUACACCUGUCGCUCUUCCUGAGUGUAAGAAGGAUGCAAACAACAAAAUUAUUGAUGAGCCCAAAAUCAACAAUGAAGUUCAGGUUGCAGGCCAUGGUCCGUUUGAAAUAAAUCGUAACACUGGAGAUUGCAUAGGUAACAAACCAAGUAAACUCCAGUGUGUAAAAAUGGAUGUUGCUAGCUGUGAGGAUACCAGAAACCUUCCGUGUUAUUCAGAUGUGCCGUAUGAUAACAGAAUGUGUUACCAAAAAUCUAACAAGCGUACAUGUAAGGGUGAUUCUGGUGGUGGAGUGAUAUACAAUAGCAAGAUCUAUGGUGUACACAUAGAUAGUAAAAGCUGUAGCAAUGCUAGACUAUCUAUUUCUGUAAAAGUCUGUGCUUACAUUAAAUGGAUAAAUGAUGAAAUGAAGAAGUAAAAAAAAU